AUGGCGGCAAUUUCUAUUGACGACUUUGAUUUCAUACAAAUGGUGAUUCAUGAUGUCCACGGAUUACCUAAGGGACGAAUGUUGGCCAAAAGAAGAAUGGCGGGUAUUAUCAAAGAUGGACAUGGAAUCUACGGGGGGAUAUGUUACCGCGGCAUCCUUGGCGAACUUCCUACUCAUUCUGACUUUUGUGACAAAAUAAGCUACGGAAAUAAACUUUUGAAACCCGAUCUGUCAACGCUGAGGCCUUGUCCCAAGUUAGGACAAGGUAAAUACACGGUCGGCCAAGUUCUAUGUCGGCUAGAGGAGUUGGAUGGUUCACUGGACACAACAACCCCACGCACAGCAGCAGAAAUUCAGAUAGAACGACUUCAAAACGAGCUGGGUCUGACAGUCAGAUCUGCUUUUGAAGUAGAGUUCAACAUACGAGAGACUAAAAGCAAACAGUACUACGGCCAUGUUGUCAACUGGGCAGCUACCAAUGUUAUAGAAGGUUGUCAAGAUUUACUAUUUGACAUGGUGCACGAGAUGGGGAAGCGAGGUGUUCACAUAGACUCCCUCCAGACAGAAUACGGGCCAGGUCAGUACGAGGUUACGCUGGAUAUUGAAGAAGGAAUUCAGGCAGCAGACAAUACUAUAGAAUUAAAGAAUACUCUGAAAACAUUCAUGAAAUCCAGAGGCUACGAUGCAACGUUUAUGACAAGAAUUGAUCCGUCUUUAGAAGGUAGUAACGCUCUUCACUGGAACCAUUCCUUAUGGACAGCAUCCGGCCUAAAUGCCUUUCUGGACAACAGCAAACCGAAUAAACUAUCCGAGCUAGGCUGUCACUGGCUGGCUGGGUUGAUAGAGCAUGCACCAGCGAUGAGAGCAUUUUGUGUUCCAACUGUCAACUGUUACAGGGAAAUAGGACAGAUAUGUGCACCUUUAUUUGCCAACUGGAGCCGUGAUGGACGACUGGCCUCCUUCAGACUCAAGGUAGAAGGUGAGAACAACGUGUACAUUGAGAACAGACUUCCAACCAGCGCUUCUAACCCUUACCUUGUUCUAGCAUGCUCACUGGCUGCCGGCAUUGAUGGAGUCAAGAGAAAACUUGCACUGCAGGCUUUAGAAGCUGAUACUGUUCUGACUGAAGCAGUCGGGAGUAAACUUGUAGAGUACUUCAUUAACUGCAAAAGAACGUCGGAGCUUCGAGAGUUUGCAGCAUUUGGAGACGUGACUGACGAUGAGCUCUUGAAAAAAGAACAUGAGUAUUACUUUGAAAACGCUUAA